AUGGAAGCGAUUUUUAUAUUUCUAACAUCGACUGUUAUUAUUCCUACAUGUUCAGCAAGAUAUUAUUAUUCAAGUGGAUGUUGUUAUGGUAGUUCGCUGCCAGUUGGUGGGACUAUAGGUCUUGUAGUGGGUCUUGUUGUUCUCGUUGUAAUUGCUACGAUAAUAUCGAUCUACUGCAAAGUGAAACAAACGAAAAGACGAAGAAUAAAUAACAUUCCUACAGCAAUGCAAAUGGCGGCUUUGGCUCAAGAAGAAAAUCGAUAUAAGCCACCAGGUAAUAAUCAAAUAAGAUCGAAUAAUCAACCACCACCGUAUAGUCAACCACAGCCUAAUGUUCAACCGCCACCUUACGCUGAACCACCACGAUAUUCUGCAGUUAAUAAUGAAGCACAAUCAGCAAGAAUAACUCCCGUUUCAUGA